UACAGAACAGAGGAAGUACAGAUGAGAUGUCAGAACAUUAAUAAAGAAGAGUAUUAGAGGAGCUAUGAGACCAAAGUUACUGGUGCAUCCAAUCCAAUGAAUGUUGCUUGAGUGAUUCUUGCUCUAGUUUUCUGCACCUUUUUCACAGCAUCUUACUUCACAAAUAAGUAUGUCCUGUCUAUCUUAAAGUUUACAUUUCCAACCAUUUUCCAGGGUUGGCAGACCUCCACUGGGGCUCUCUUGCUACUGGUUACAUGGAAACUGGGUUGGGUUGAAAUCAAUGGCUUUUCCAGAUCUGCAGCUUUUUCCCAGCUUCCUGGCUCCUUCUUAUUUAUUGGUAACAUUUAUGCAGGGUCCAAAGCACUGUCACUUUUGCCCAUUCCUUUUUUCUUCGUGUUACAAAAUGUCUCAGAAGUCUUCGCUUUUCUCAUCGGAACAGCAACUCACAGAGAGAAACCACCAUGGAUGAAAUUAAUAAGUAUGUGUAUGUUGUUGGGAUCUGCCAGCAGCCUUAUGCUAUACAAUCCACGGUUUGGUCCCAGUGGCUACACAUGGGCGUCCAUCCAUCUGUUCUGUGUUGGUGCAUAUAAAGUAUUCCAGAAGAACACAAAGACAAACCUUCUGAGUGAUCUUGAAGAGCAGUUCAUCAAUUACAUGACCAGUGCAUUGUUACUUGCCUCUCUUGCAUACUCGACAGGUGAUCUGUCCGGUGCCUUAGAUUUCCCUCUCCUGACUUCAUACAGGUUCCAUACUGGCUGCUUGGGCAGCGCUAUAUUCAGCUUUUGUCUGAUGUUGGCAACCGUGAAAUUGAAGGGCAGUCUGUCUCAGGAGCACUGUGGCAUCUGGUUCUUCCUGGCUAAGAUACUGGCGUCAGGUCUUUCCCUUUUACUUUCCGCAUUCAACUCUGUGCUCAGCCCCGUGACUCUGUGCUGCAUCAUCCUGAACUAUGCUGGGGAGGCCUUGUUUGUGUAUUCAGACAGAUUUCAAUAAGUUUGUUGAAGAAUAUGGCCAGUGCCUUUGAAGAUUUUCCAAAUAAGUCACUCCAACUCUUUAUAGGGGCUUUAUAAAUUGACCAAAGCCAAUUGCCUCAAUGAGAUUAUUUUCACCUUGCUACACCCAAAAC